AUGAAAGAAAAAUGGAAUGUGUUAGUGACUGGAGGUGCUGGGUAUAUCGGCUCUCAUACUGUAUUAGAAUUAGUUAAGCAGGAUUUUACAGUGGUGGUCAUUGAUAAUCUUGGAAAUGCUUACAAAGAUCCGAACGCCAGUAAACCAGAAUGUAUUUUACGUAUAGAAAAACUUUCCAAUAAAACAGUUAUAUUUGAAGAAUGUGAUAUUACAGAUAUAGGUGCUUUAAAAAAAUUAUUUAAAAAGUACAAAUUUCAAUGUGUCACUCAUUUUGCUGCUUUGAAAGCGGUCGGUGAAUCAUGUCAAAAACCUUUAGAAUAUUACAAAACAAAUGUCGGAGGUACUCUUAAUUUGUUGCAAGUAAUGAAAGAGUACAAUGUCAAAAAUCUAAUUUUCUCAAGCAGUGCAACUGUUUAUGGUAUACCAGAAAAGUUACCUCAAACUGAAGAAAUGGUAACUGGUAACUGCACUAAUCCUUACGGAAAAACAAAAUUUAUGGUAGAAGAAUUUUUAAAAGAUUUAUGUACAGCUGAUAAAUCGUGGUCAGUAAUAUCUUUAAGGUAUUUUAAUCCCGUUGGCGCACACCCAUCUGGUGAAAUUGGAGAGGAUCCGAAUGGAAUUCCUAAUAAUUUAAUGCCAUUUAUUGCUCAAGUUGCUGUUGGUAAACGAGAUGUAUUAUAUGUUUACGGUGAUGAUCAUGAAACACACGAUGGUACAGGUGUUAGAGAUUACAUACACAUAAUGGAUUUGGCUAUUGGUCAUGUAAAAGCAAUCACUUACCAAAGUUCUCGAGAUGUCAAAGGUUUCAAUCCUGUAAAUUUAGGUACUGGACGAGGCUAUUCAGUUUUAGAAAUGAUUAAAGCAUUCGAGAAAGCUUCUGGAAAAAAUCUCAAUUAUAAAAUCGUUAAAAGACGACCUGGAGAUAUAUCGUCUAGUUAUGCCGAUGCUUCAUUGGCGCAAAAAGAAUUUGACUGGGUUGCUACAAAAAAUAUUGAUGACAUGUGCGCUGACACGUGGAAUUGGCAAAAAAAAAAUCCUAAUGGAUAUAAGAACAAUUUGGAGCAAACAUUUAAUAAGCAAGCGUUAGGAUUUUCAAAUGAUCGAAAAAUAGAAAUUCAUCCAUUAACAUAUAGAACAUUGAAAGGUGCCUUGUCUAUCAUUAAAGAAGUUUUUUUUGCCGAUGAAAGCUUCAGCAAAGGUUGUAGUGUAUCUUAUGAUCCUGGAGCCGCUGAAGAACUCGAGUCGUUAUGCACUAUUGUCGCUGCUGAUGGGCUUAGUGUCGUUGCAAUUGAUGUUAAUACAAGGGAAGUCGUCGGUGUUGUUUUAAAUAAAAUAUUUACACGAUCUAAAAAUAAAAAAAGCGGCCUUGAAGUAUUUGGUGAAAAUAGCAAGCAUAAAGCAUCGAAAUGCUUUGCAGAUGUGAACAUCAAUAUUGAUUCCAGAGUAGAUCUCUUCGAUUUAUACAAGGUCAAUUGUAUACUGGAAAUGACUUUUCUGACAGUAAAAAAAAAUCAACAGCGAAAAGGAAUCGCCGGAUUAUUAGUGUCAUCAUCAUUAAAAUUAGCAAGCGGAUUGAGAAGAGGAGUAGCCAAAAAAACUUCUGUUGAUUUUAACAGAACGUCAGUCAAUAAUGCUAAUGUUAUUCCAAGUCUUAUUUCAGCGAUAUUUACAUCUCCAUAUUCUCAAAAAAUAGGCGAUAAACUUGGUUUUGAUAAUAUUAUGGAAGUGAAUUACGAUGAUAUGAUAUUUAAUGGUCAAAAAUUGAGUACAAAACUAGAUAAUAUCCAGAAAUUUGCUCGAAUUACUGCAAAAAGAGUUUAA